ACAGAACCAAUUUGUAUUUGUGUCGUCGUCGUUCGAGUAGCGGUAGUGCAAGCACAACAGUCUUAGUUGUUGAUCAAUACUAAUAACGUUACGAAUGAUCAAGUUUGUGUUGCUCUAGGUCCAACCGCUUUAUGUCAUUAAAUACUUUCUCGUGUGUCGCUAAAUCACCCAAAACUUUUGAUAGACCACCGCAUUCGCGUUUGAUUCGUUCGAUGUAAUAGACGCACAGGUAUUUCUCCAGUUUGAAAAAAAAAUUAAACUCAACUCGUACAAUCAACACUUUAGCGAAAUAAUUGCAUUUUUUUUCGAAAAGUGGAAGAAACACAAAGUGAAUUAUAGUGGAACGGAAUUUUCAAACGAAAUUUUUUCUUAAAGCAUUCAAUAACUAAAAUUUAUAAAAAUGGUCAACAAUUGGAGUGAUAAUCCGGAAUACGAACAUUUCAAAUAUGUUACGGCAAUUCAAAGCUGGAUUAAAACUCAACCGCAUCUGCCGCAAAAUAUACAUCCGAUUUUGCUUCAAAGGUUCAUUCACUCGGUGUACGGCAAUGUGGAAAAGGCGAAAAAACUAAUUGAAAAUAGUUUCAGCAUGCGCAAUAAUUACGCGCACAUAUUCUUGAAACGUGAUCCGUUGUCGAUUGAAUCAAAGCAAGUUUUUGAAGUUGCCGAUAUGCUACCACUGCCGUAUGCAACGAAAGAAAACUACAAAAUCAUGUUAUAUCGCCUAGCCAACACAGAAGCCGAAAAGUUCAAUUUUACUGAAGCAAUAAAGAUGUUCUUCAUGGUAGCCGAUGUUCGUUUGAUUUGCAUGGAUGCUAAUGAACCGAAUAGCGGUUGGAAUGGUGAGGUACCUGUAUUCGACAUGAAUGGCUUUAGCCUAAGACAUGUUACCUGUGUGGUUUUAUCGGUGUUGCGAGUCUACAUGAAAUACACACAAGAAUGUCAUCCAGUACGUCUUAGAUCAAUUCAUGUGAUCAACUGUUCCCCAUAUUUGGAUCGUAUUAUGGCUAUUGUUCGCCCAUUCAUGCGCAAAGAAGUUUCAAAAUUGCUUCAUUUCCAUAAACCGGAUUCGGACACACUGUACAAAUUCAUUCCAAAAGAUCUGUUGCCGGCUGAGUAUGGCGGAAAGUCGGGUGAAGUGAAAGAGAUUAAAAGUAAAUUCGUCAAAUUGUUUGACUCAUACCGAGACUAUUUGCUGGACGAAAGUCGAUGGAAAUUAAACAGUAUUAACAAAAAUAACCGUGGUAGCGUAAAUGUUGAACAAGAAGUGUCCGGAAACUUCAGAACAUUGUGCAUUGAUUAGAAACGAAAAAUAUCGCUUUAAUGUUAAUAAUUUGAAAAUAAUUUGGUUGUUAACAUUUUCUCAUUAAGUGUUAUUUGUAUUUUAAAUUGUAGUUCAUAAGAAGGUUUACUGAAAGAAAAAAAGAGAAAAUUUCACAUUUCACAUUUUUCCACUUUGAGGCAAUUAACUGCACAAAUGUAAAAUACAAUUUCAAAUCAACUCUACAAUCAUAUUGCACCAUUUUGAACAAUUUCUUUUUUCACUUGACGCCAAUUUCAAUGACAUUGGAUUUUUACCAUGUAAGUUUAGUAAUGUCCUUGUGACGUGGCAAAUAUAUUAUUUUUGCAAUAUUUUAAAGCAAUUUAUCCUUAAUCCGCACAUUAAUUCAAUAUGAUAAGGAAAUAAAAUAAACGGAAUGGUUGAAGUCUAA